CCGUUCCGUGGCGUUUGGUGGCGGUCUGAGCGCGUAGAACUGAGCGCGCCAACAUUUUUGAAUCUUACGAGAGUUGCGAGUCCGAGGCUCCCCUGCUGAUAUCAUCAUCAUCUUCGCGAACAAGUUUCGUGUGAUUGAGAGGAAAAACUUGAAUUUUCCGCGAAUUACUUGGAAUUGUUCUCGAUAGGAAUUGGCUGAGCCGCUGAAUUGGUCGGUGAGGUCAGGUGAGCGGCACGGGACCAGGUGACACGGUGCAGUAACGCCGCUCGUUGUCUUUUUCCAAUAUGCCAUGAACUUAUCUAUUGUUCGGCCAAAGUUUCGAUUGUUUUGCUAUCGCGUCGAAACGUUCUAUUGUGAGCACUAGCUUUUAUCUUAUCUGGAAUCUGGACGAGCUCGUUGUUGGCCUGAAACUAGAGUUAUCAUAUCAGUUGGGCUUUCAGGCAUUCUUGCAAAAGUGAUUUCGGUUCGAGCGGAUGUCGACCUAAGUACGUGGACGGCUUGAAUUCCCAAUAUCUGCCAGCUCCACUUAGUCCAUUUCAGAUACUUUAUCUGGCGCCCACUCAACCCAUAAGAUUCGCAUCGCCGGUAUCCAUGUUUACACCAUCCAUUAUCAUUCCAGGCCUGUUUCGUGUUUGCAUUCACGCGUUCGCGGAAAAAUCCAAUUUCGGUCGUUCUGAAAUCGCAUUACAGAUAUUUGUACAACUUGCUCCCUCGGUUUCGCUCCUUUAGUGUUCCCUCGCGUCCAUUUGCGGCUUCCCGUAUUGAUAACCAUCAUUUGAUUGACAAGUGUGAAAGUAAGCGCCGGGAAGAGGAAGGUCCUGCACAGAUAUCGCAAACGACCCCUGUAAGCCGUGGCAGCAGUGGGUAAUCGAUCAGCUCGGAAGCCGUGCGGUGCCUGGUUCCCUACAGAAAAGAGGAUGUUCAGGUGCUCCCCAUGUGUGCCGCGUCCACAGCCUACCGGUCCGUUUGAUUGCUAAGUGCGGAAGGCUUGAUAGAGCGAUAGAGGAAAGAUAGUGGAAAAGUGAAGGUGAAAAAUCGAGUGCUGGCCCCGAAGUAAUCUGAGUGUUUGUGGGUAGUUCACCAGGAAGUCGGGAAAGUGUAGGUUGCGGAUUUCAGGUGAAAGUUGAGAAGGUGUUUUGGUGGAUUUCGGGGAAGAAACAACAAACGUGUGAUAUUGGAUUCUGAGUGACGAAAGGAGGAAUCAAGGAGAUUUUGUUCAUAAAGGAAAUUUUGAAAGCGAAAUCCACACAAACUCCGAAAACGAUAAAGAUUUAGUCACCACAAAUCGAACACCAACCACUCUUAACUGACUUGUCGAGAUUGGAUAUUGAUUCAACACUAUAAAUCUUCGACGAGCUCACCUUAUCAACUCCUGCAUCUGAACGUGUGAAUCGAAAAGUGCCUAAAAUGUGUAUUAAUUCUACAGAAGUGAAAAUCGUCCUUUCUCUGCUUUUAUAAAGCCGAGAUUUCCUUCAAGUGUGCGAAUCACCAAUAGAUUCAAUAAGUAUCGAUUAGAAAAGUAUCUAGUUAAGUAAGAAAGUCAAUACUUCGUGUUUCAUUUUGUACUUACGUCGUAAAUUAGUCAAAAUUAAAGUCCUAAAGAUGGAUCACGCUGAUUUGAUCGCCGAAAUGCCUACCGUGGAGAAUCUGCCUACACAGGAUCGUCUGCACCUGGCGCGGAUGCGACGGGCACAACAAUUAAAAGUUGCACGACAAAAAGAGAAAGAAUGGCAGAAGCAACAACGUCGUGAGCGAUCUCAGCAACAAUCACAACAUUCCCAAAAAUUACGUCGUCACAUAUCUUUCGAGAACAGUGUCGUUCUUCUGGAAGCAGCCGGGCGCAAUGAUAUCCACGAGGUGGCCAACCUUCUGCAACAAGGUAUGACUCCGGAUGCUUCAAACGAGGAUGGUCUGACAGCCUUGCAUCAGUGUUGCAUCGAUAAUAACAUUGAAAUGCUAAAGCUACUCCUGGACUACGGUGCUAACGUGGAUGCCCAGGAUAGCGACAAAUGGACCCCUUUACAUGCAGCCGCUACCUGCGGUCAUUUGGAAUUAGUGAAAAUUUUAAUCAGUCGCGGUGCUAAUUUGUUAGCGGUCAAUACAGACGGUAAUAUGCCAUACGAUUUAUGUGAUGACGAGGAGACAUUAGAUUACAUCGAAGCCGAAAUGUCGAAACGUGGUGUCACCCAAGAACUAAUCGAUGACACAAGAGCGCUGACGGAAAAACAAAUGCUUAAUGAUUUAAUGGAAUUAGCGAGUAUCGGAGGUGAUUUGGAUGUGCCGGAUCAUCAGGGCGCGACGCCGCUUCACAUAGCAUCGGCGAACGGAUAUACACGAGUGGUGGAGUUCCUUCUAGAGCACCAUGUUAACGUCGACGCCGUGGAUAAGGAUUUAUGGUCACCAGUUCACGCCGCUGCCUGUUGGGGUCAUAUGGAAGUCCUGGAAAUGCUAGCACAAUACGGAGCUGACCUAAAUGCCAAAAAUAAGGAUGACGAGACUCCCUCAGAUAUUUGUGAAGAUCCUGAAAUCCGGGAACGAAUAGAACAAUUACGUACCGAGCAAGAGAGCAAAAGAUUGGCGGAAGCACAAAGGAGGCGUGUACGAAGGUCGCAAAGUAAUAACACCAGAGCACAAUCAGUACGAAGGACAUCACUUAGAGAUAAGACCCUAACUACGAAAAAAGACGCUGUGGAAGAAACAAGACUGCGAUUACAAGCACAAGAGGUAUUCAUUGCACCCGAUAGUACAACGGAAAGCAAAACAGCAUCCACAACACCAACUUCGAAUAGUACGGAGCAAGCAUCACACAAUCAAAUCAAUGGCCAAACAAUUUCCGCAGUUGUUCCUAACAAUAACCAUUCAUCGACUCCCUCAUUGAGUGGUACAACAACCCUCAAUGGCGGCAGUGGCGGCAUUGCAAAUGACGCCAACACAACGGCACCUAAUUCCUUAGUGCAUUCCAGCAGUAACGCUAACAAUAACCCGAGCAACGGAUCCUACAGUUCCAUUUCCACCAACCACAACAAUAAUAAUAACAAUCCCAACCACAAUAAUAACAAUACCGCUGCCCGGCUGAAUGGCGGUAGUGGGGGUGGCGGAAAAGGGGGUAGCGGACAGAAUUCCCUCAUCAGCUAUUCCAAUUCGUAUCCUUCUCAUAUUGAAGCGAAUCUGAACUCGCGGAGACCGCCGGAGGGUAAGGAUAACGAAGAGUUUGCCAUUAGUCGGGAGAAAAUGAUAAUUGGGAGCAACUCAGUGACGAAUUUGCAUAAGAUUUCCAACGAUAGAUCGACGGAGAUAUUCUCAGCCAGUAAGGAAAAUGGGAAGAUUAAUGUGCAAGUUACGGUCCUUGUUGACACUCACAACUUAGAUAGUUCUAUGACCGGUGCAACAUUAGCCAAUUUGAAGAAGCAACGAUCCCAAUCGCGAUCUAGUACACUAUCGGAGAACGGGUCUGUGAUAGCCACAACGGCUGCAACAACAUCACAUCAUAGUCUUAGUCCAAUAGCAACGAUAAAAAAUUCCACAGCUACAACGACGGGAACAUCACUAGCGGGUGGCAAUGUAACAGGAGCCAUCGACCUAGCCGUAGUCCCUACAUCGGUUGCAACCAAUUCAAUAGCAGGACCAGGGAUGACUGCAUCAAGCCUGUCCUCACCCCAAACUGUGACGAAAUUCAGCGGCGUAACCGGGGAUGUAGUUAGUGAUAGCACACGAUCGAAAAAGUGUUGUCUGCUUAUGUAGGUGUUAACCAUUUCGAUUAUUGUUUAUGUUAUUCUGAUUUGUUUUUCAACGAUUUAUAUAAUUUUCCAUUUGUGCUAUUUGUUGCGAAAAUGUUUUUAAAAGUCCCGAGUUUUUGGAGAUGUGAAUGAACUAUUUGUCGUACAUAAAAUCAGCUUUAGGUAUCGUGUAUGCCUUCGUGAUCCUGAAUAUAUCCAUGUGUUCUCCAUUACUUUCGUGUAUUAUUAUAUUAAUAGCGAGAAUAUAUGUGGAAAAAGAA